ACAACCGCGAUCGUUUUCCGCCGUUUUUUCGUCAAUUCGGCGUCCGCGGUAUUUGCCGUCGCCCGUCCCAAUCGGCAGUCACGGUAUUCGCUAGUCCAGCGAUGCGGCCGAAGGACCGCAGGUCGCCGUCGGUGCCGGUCCUCAUCGCCCUGCUCGCAGCCCUGAUAACUGCAGUUUUAUCGUCGCCAGAGGGACAGCAACAGGAACAAGCAUCUGAAGCAUCAGGUAUAGUUCCGGCCAAUAACUUGUGGAGCGCAAGACUAAGACACCAAAGACAUCUGUUGGACAAGACACCACUCGCAGAACCAUACAUAUCCAAUGAUUAUACCACGAAUCCGUUCCAGGACAACAGAGGAUCUGGCCCAAAACUUGGAUUGACGGUGCAGGACAACCACAAGCCUGUAUUUACGAAUUGUUUAAAUUAUCAGCCUAGCGUCAAGGAAGAACAGCCGACCAACACUUAUGUAUUUACUGUCAAAGCGUUCGACAAGGACCCACCGGACAAUGGAGGUACAAUCACGUACACAUUUGUCAGCGCGCCCGGCGAACGUCCAAAGUUUUCCAUUGAUGCGCAGACUGGAGAGAUUACCACCCGACACAUGUUCGACCGGGACGAACCGACCCGCGAAAAAGAAGUGUACCUGUCGGUGAGGGCCACAGAUAACGGAAAACCGCAUCUGGACGACGUGUGCACUAUCAAAGUGACCAUCCAGGACGAGAACGACAACUCGCCAGUUUUUGACAAAGUGGUCUAUCGAGGAUUCAACUACAAGAACUACGUUGAAUCUGUACCCCAAGACUUACUGUCCAAAAGCGAAGUGAUGAGAAUAUCGGCCACGGAUAUUGACGACGGUAUAAACAGUGCUAUACAAUACGAUCUGUCGCCCAGAAUGCCGCAGGACUCGAAUUAUUUCCGUAUCGAUCAAAACACAGGCGUCAUUUACUUAGAUCGCACAAUCGAUCGAGAUCCCGGCUAUAAGUUCAAAAUGCGAGCUACUGCCACCGAUCAAGGCGUGGUUCCAAAGUCGGCUACAAUGGAUCUAGAGAUCUUAGUGGUCGAAUCACACAAAAAAGCACCGACGUUCAUAUCCGUCCAGCCCGAUGAAACCAUCUAUCUGCCGGAAAACCUGACUAAUUUCAGUUUUGACAUCGCCACCAUCAUCGCGGCAUCGAACACGGAUGAAAAAUCUCCGGUUUUCGAAUUGGUGCCAGGCCGGACGGAACAAUCAAACAAAUUGAACACUUUCCGAUUGGAAUCCGAAGGAAACACCGCUCAUAUCAGAUUGUCGAGACAUAUGGACUACGAAUCGAUAUCCGAGUAUAUUCUUAACAUUCGAAUACAGAACAAACACAACCUGGCAGCAGAACACCAGUUGAAUAUCCAAGUGGAAGACGUUAACGACAACAUACCGGUGUUCACCGAAGUCGUAUCCGGUUCCGUGCUGGAGAACGAACCGGCCGGCACAGCCGUAAUGCAGGUCCGAGCGAUCGACGCUGACUCAAGCAUGGCCAACAACCGCGUCACGUAUGAGUUGGCCGACAACCGCGAGUACUUCGCCAUUGACCCUUACACCGGUAACAUUACCACGUUAGUGAUGUUUGACCGUGAGAAACAGGACGUGUACAAUGUAAAGGUGAUCGCUACGGACAACGCGCCGUCGGCCCUGUACUCGACUGGUGAACACAACAAGGGCGAGCAAGUGUUCCGGAUCGAAAUCGCCGACAAAAACGACCAUCCCCCUCAUUUCACCCAGUCGGUCUACGAAGCGGAAGAGAUACCGGAAGACGCCAACUUGAACGCUCUGGUCACGGAAGUGAAGGCCCUGGACGACGACACCGCGUCCCCGGUCACGUACAGCAUCGUGGACGGCAACAUCUACAACGCGUUCCUGAUCGAAAACACAACCGGAAAAAUCAAAGUCAACAGUCAGCUGGAUUACGAAAACAUCACCGACUAUGUGUUGAAAGUGAGAGCGUUCGACGGAGCGUACGAGGACUAUUGCACCGUCGAGAUAAAAAUAUCCAACGUCAACGACAACCCGCCAGUAUUCCAACCGUACGAAGGGAACAUAACGAUCACGGAAGAGGAACUCGUACCGGGCUGCAUUACAACGUUGGAAGCAUACGAUCCGGAUAUUCAGGACCGAUCUAUGGACCAGCGUAUCGUUUACUCUGUGGUGAAGGACGAUCAACGGAAGUUAAUGACCAUCAACAAAAACGGAUGUUUAUCGCUCAUAAAACCCCUCGACCGCGAUCCACCAAACGGUUAUGCUACGUGGCAAGUGAUCAUACAAGCAAGCGACGAAGGUGGUGGCCCAAAGAGCUUGCAACAGACCACAGAAGUGAUCAUUGCACUCAGAGACAUCAACGACAAUGCACCGUAUUUAGACAUGCCUCAACCUGUUGUUUGGCGUGAGAAUCAAUUAUCCGGAACAAUAACACGAUUAUCCGCCAAAGACAAUGAUGGGCCUGAAAACGGUGCACCAUUUGAAUUUUUCAUCUCAUCUGAUGCCUCCUAUGAAAUCAAAACAAAAUUUGGAAUUUCCGGGGUUGAACUUCAGGCACUAACCACGUUUGAUCGUGAAGAGAAAAAAUUCUAUAAUAUACCUAUUACAAUAACUGAUAGUGGAAUACCUAGUUUGACUGGGACAAGUACUCUCCAAGUAGUAAUUGGCGAUGAGAAUGACAAUCCCAUGAAGCCUGGUAGGAGCUCUAUAUUUGUGUACACAUAUAAAGGCGAAUCUCCAGACAUGGAAAUUGGACGUGUCUACGUUGACGACUUGGACGACUGGGACUUGCCCGACAAAAAGUUCAAGUGGUUGCAUGGGCCACACGAACGUUUCGACCUUAAAUCAGAAACUGGAAUGAUCACCAUGCUUCAAAACACCAAAGAACAGACUUUUGUCCUAGAGUUUGAAAUCACGGAACAGGGAACAAAGAUUGCCAAACACACGGUGAAUUCAACUGUCGUUGUCACUGUUAAAGAAAUACCCGAAGAAGCUGUUGAUAAGUCGGGAUCAGUUAGAUUAGCGGGAAUUUCAGCUGAAGAGUUUAUUACCCCCGGUCCGGACAACGUGAGUAAGGCGACUAUUUUAAAAAAACGGUUGGCUUCGAUUUUAAACGCCACCGUUGAAAAUGUCGACGUGUUCACUAUUCUACAUUCCCCUCACAACCCCAAUACCACACAACUGGAUGUUCGUUUUUCCGCUCACGGUUCCCCGUAUUAUCAACCUGAGAGAAUCAAUGCUGCUAUCGAUAAACACCAAGCAGAGCUCGAAAAAGAGUUGGGCGUCACUUUCCUCAUGGUCAAUAUUGAUGAAUGUCUCGUCGAGAAACUCUAUUGUGAAUCAUCCUGUACGAAUUUCUUAAAUAAAAGCAACGAACCAGCUGCUGUUUAUACAAAUACCACUUCUUUUGUCGGGAUACGAGCCGUGAUAGAUCCAUUUUGCCAGUGUGAACAGAGAGCUACUACUAAAAUCACGUGUCACAACGGUGGUAGUCCAACAUCGGAUGGCUCUGGAUGUCAGUGUCCGGCUGGUUUUGAAGGACCUCGAUGUGAAAUCCUCAGCAUUGGUUUUUACGGCGAUGGUUAUGCCUUAUAUCCGUCCCUACAAUCGUGCAUGGAGUCUCACAUGUCACUGGAAGUACGCACCUCUGCUGACAAUGGUCUGUUGUUUUAUGCCGGGCCCAGCAGUGUUAAACCUUCUCCACUGUCUGUUCAAGAUUUCAUGUCACUGGAGCUCAAAGACGGUUUUCCCGUACUUUUGGUAGACUAUGGUUCGGGAACACUAAAAAUAGGACAAAAACAAAUCAAAAUUUCUGACGGAGAACCACAUCGCAUAGAGAUUAUUUGGACUAAAACUAGCAUUGAAAUGAAAGUAGACAGCUGCAAUCUUCCGUCUUGCUUGAGCCUUAGCCCUCCAAUAGGAAUUAACGAGUAUUUGAACGUCAAUGGACCAUUACAGCUCGGUGGAUCGUUUGUCGACCUAAGAGCAAUAGCAUCCACGCGGAAUUGGACCCAUAAACCGUUUUCCAACGGAUUCAAUGGUUGUAUACGUAAUUUAACUUUCAACGGCCAUCUAUACAACUUGGGCGCCCCUAGUAUGUCUCGCAAUGUUGAUUUUUCAUGUACCCACGGUACAGCAGUCGCUGUGUCAUUUGGUAUUGACGCUAGCUUCCUGAUAGCUAUUUUUGUGUGCCUAGCUGUCUUAUUGAUAUUGCUGUUAGCAGUAGUGGUACAUAGAAGAAAGUCUGAUGAUUUGUACAAAGACACUGAUGAUAUUAGAGAAAACAUAAUUAACUACGAAGAUGAAGGUGGCGGCGAAGGAGAUAUGACCGGCUAUGAUUUGAACGUUUUGCGGCUUAUGUACGAUGGCUCGGAACCUGUACAAGGAUUUGAUGAUGCUGGAAAUCUAUUACAAAAACGUGCUCCAGAUGAAGUUCCUGAUAUUUGUGGCUUCCUUGGCGACAAGUUGAACUCUGUAGAUAACGAUCCAGAUUUAGGUCCAUAUGACGACGUCCGUAAUUAUAUGUAUGAAGGAGAAGGCAAUUCAGUUGGAUCACUUUCAUCAUUAGCUUCAGGUACGGACGAUGGGGACUUAAACUUUGAUUACCUUUCUAACUUUGGACCACGAUUCCGCAAACUGGCGGACAUGUACGGAGAAGAUCCAAGCGAUGAAGAAAGUGAAACGUACCGUAAUACUCAUCCCGAGUCGUGGUGCUAACACUCAUUUGAAAUUCGCUCUAAAUAAUCAGUUACCGGUGCAUAUGUUAUCUGUAAGGUUAUAUAGCGAGUACAUACCUAGACUUUUACUACCGACUACAUUAAAUAUUAAAAACGAAUCAUUUGUACAGAGAGUUGACUGUGUACUCUAAUGACGAUUAUCUAAUAACAAUAUUUAUUAAAAAUAUUUUUAUUUUCAUUUCAACUAUUAAUUGUUUUGUGUAUUAUUGACAGUAACGAAGUCAAAUUUUUGUAUAUGAAUUCAAAAAAUUGAUUCGUGAUCUCAAAAACAGACUGCUUUAGUCUAAUUAUAUUAUUUUCAUUUUUUUUUUUUUUUUUGUAACAAAAUCACAAAUCUUUGUAGGCGUCAACAUUAAACUAUGUAUAAAAUUUGUUUCGCUUACGCAAUGUUUAUAAUUUAAGUUAAAUCGCUUCCCAAUAAUUACUUGCAUAUUUUUCUAUAGAAUUUCAUGAAAUUCUCAUUUUUUUUUUUUUUUUAAUUUUCCGGGGAAAGGGUUUUUUCCCCCUUGAACGCGGUUUCAAUAAAUUUGAUUCAUAAAUGUUACGCAACUGUGUUAUUGGCGAUCGAUGUUUAUUUUUUUAGAUACUUAAAUGUUUUAAUAAUAUUUGUAUACUGCCAUUGGAUCAUUUUGAACUGUCAACUUUUUAAAUGCAUUGUACUUAUUUGUAAAUAUAUGAAAAAUCAAUCAGGGUUAAUUAUUAUGCACAGAUUGGCAUACAGAAUUCAAUUUACUAAGAGAUAACCGUAAAAUAUUAUGUUUAAAAAUCAAAAUAUUUUUAAAUCCAUUCCAUAUUAUUUUAAUCAUAGUUUAUAUUUUACUACCAUACUUUUUGCUUGAACACUGUAAUACUUGAUAAAAUAUUAUUAUUACAACAUUCAACUAUACUACAUAAAAAAUUUAGGAGAUACCCACGUGUUAAUAUUUACAAAAUUAAAUUAGUUUUAUUAUCAUUAUUGUAGAUUAUUACUUCGUUAAAUCAAAGAUUUUGUUGAUUUUUUUUUUUUUUUUGUGUUU